GCGCGUCUAUUAGGAGGCGCGUGGUAGUGAUGGCGGCGCUCAGAGAGGCUUUCCUGUCACUGGAUACUACUACUCCCAGCCCGCCUCAGAGCCGCCCGAGCCAGCCCUCCGGUCUUUAGUUUACGAGUGGCAAUUUGACUUGCUCUGCUGCAUGUCUGGAGGGGCCGAGGGAAGAGUGGAGACGCCCCGGGGAUUCAGGGAUCGCUGCUUGGAAAGCCAGCCAGCCAAACAAAUAAACAAAACCCACCCACCCUAAAAACAUGAGGCUGCUGGAGAGGGCGAGGAAAGAAUGGUUCAUGGUCGGGAUAGUGGUGGCGAUCGGCGCCGCUAAGCUGGAGCCGUCGGUCGGAGUGAACGGGGGACCGCUGAAGCCAGAGAUAACUGUGUCCUACAUUGCCGUCGCCACGAUAUUCUUUAACAGUGGACUGUCGUUAAAAACAGAGGAGCUGACCAGUGCUUUGGUGCAUUUGAAACUGCAUCUUUUCAUCCAGAUCUUCACACUUGCCUUCUUCCCAGCAACAAUAUGGCUCUUUCUUCAGCUCUUAUCAGUCACAUCCAUCAAUGAAUGGCUUUUAAAAGGUUUGCAGACAGUAGGUUGCAUGCCUCCCCCUGUGUCCUCCGCUGUGAUUUUAACCAAGGCAGUUGGUGGAAAUGAGGCAGCUGCGAUAUUUAAUUCAGCAUUUGGGAGUUUUCUGGGCAUCGUUGUAACACCGCUGCUAUUGCUGCUUUUUCUCGGCUCAUCCUCCUCUGUGCCUUUUACAUCCAUUUUCUCUCAGCUGUUUAUGACAGUCGUGGUGCCUCUCAUCAUUGGACAGAUCAUCCGCAGAUACAUCAAGGACUGGCUCGAAAGAAAGAAACCCCCGUUCAGUGCCGUCAGCAGCAGUGUGCUCCUCAUGAUCAUCUACACCACCUUCUGUGACACGUUCUCCAACCCACACAUCGACCUGGAUAAGUUCAGUCUGGUCCUCAUACUGUUUAUAAUAGUCUCCGUUCAACUGAGUUUCAUGCUUUUGACCUUCAUCUUUUCAACACGGAAUAACUCCGGUUUCACACCAGCAGACACAGUGGCUAUCAUCUUCUGCUCCACACACAAGUCCCUCACGUUGGGAAUUCCAAUGCUGAAGAUAGUGUUUGCAGGCCACGAGCAUCUCUCGUUAAUAUCUGUGCCCUUGCUCAUCUACCACCCAGCUCAGAUCCUUCUGGGAAGUGUGUUAGUGCCAACAAUAAAGUCUUGGAUGGUGUCAAGGCAGAAGGGAGUGAGGCUGACAAGGCCAACAGUAUGACAGCAGAGGCGCCUUCCUGAAGCCGUGUGUAUAUGUACAGGGCUGUACAUGCAGGCCGUUCCAAACACUUGUCCUUGUGAAUGAAUGUUGCUUUGAUGUCUAUUUUAUUUUUUUACAGAAAAAAAUAUGAUAUACCUGUUUAAGUGCCUUAAAAUGUUUUUGACAAGAUCGUUGUAUCCAAAACAUACUCUGCUGGUAACUAUCAAGGAUGGACAGUAUUUUGGACUUAAUUUUUUUUCCUUAAUGCAGAAAAAAAGUUGUAGUAAGGAACAAAAAGCUAACAGGUUUUCUUUGUACUGCCUUUCGUGCACAACAGCUCUGUAAUAGUUACUGUAACAUUUGAAAUGAGGUCACACCAUCCAGAAACCAUCCCCCGGUGACAGGGAAAGAUUCCAAAGUCUCCUCGCGCUCUUUGAUUCAUGCCGUGUGCUUCUUUGUUUCUGUGGCUGUGACGUGCUCUUCCUUAUCAACUCAGGAGGGGUCAGAGAUCCACAAGAUGCUGAGAAGCACAAGGUACCUCAUCCCUUGACAUCAUCUUCUCUAGACAUCCCUUCAAUCAGUCCAUGCACACCCCAGAAACUCUUGAGUCCCAUCACAAGAGUGUAGGGGAAUAGCUUACAUUUAUUAUGAGCUACUUCAAAGGAAGGCCUGAUGUGAGUACUGAGGUGGCUAAGAUUUUUUCAUUCCUCUUUCAGUAUACUCUCCCUCUUUCUUUCAUACUUCCUUUGUUUCCCAUUUCACUUACACACUCACAAACAGCCCAGUGCAACACAGAAAACCAUCAGUCAUUUGGAGAGUAGCAACAGUUAACAGUGGGUUAUGUUCACAUUCCACAGCUAGGACCAAGCAUCUUUCCUGUUACACAGUUCCAAAUUGCUCCUGUUGGCAAGAUGUAGCCUGUUACACACUUUAAUUAAACACUUGAGUCAUUUCAAACAAUCUAUGGAUGAGAACAUCCAUCACUCAUUUGACAAAUGUUUGCAACAUCUCUUAAGAAAUCAAAUUAUAUUGCCCUUAGGAGUCAAAGAAAACAUAAGGUCAUGGACGUGAGCAAAUGUUACAUGUCUACACUGCCUAGUCAGGAGGAGAGAGGGGCCAGCACUGAAGGCGCAAGACCAUCCAGUAAGCAAGCUGUCAGACAGAACUCAUCCUGGAACUGGGCAUCAGCUUUCAAAGGAGUAUCUGAUACUGCCUUCAGUGGUCAGAAGAACUUCAGCUGACCCCAGCAGAAAAUAAAACAAUACUAAAUGGCCAGAACAUUUAGUACAUUGAGACAGUUGCCUCAUAACAAUCUUUCUUGUAUAUCUGUAAUACUUACUUAAUACUUUCUUGAUUUAACAGGCAAACUGGCUUCAUGGGUCUCUCCAAGGCCCUGCUGUCUCCUCAGCUGCUGCCUUUCUUGUUGGUAGUGGUGGCUGUAGUGCCACGAGGAAACAAUCAUUCCUUCAGAAAUCAUCGGGCUUGCUGGUGGUGCUAGUUUCCAUCAUUGUUAGCAUAGUUAGUGCCAGUGUUGCGGUGUUAGCAUCUGACCUUUCGGUUGGAUGUCUCAGGCCCUCAUAACUCACCAGGGCUCUAUGGCUAGCGCCAGGCCUUGCAAAGAUCCGUGCUGAACAAGCUGUGGGGACACUCCUGGGAGAAGGUGGUGAUGACUCCACUGGGAAGGGUGACACUUCCAUGCAGCAGAAAGGUUUUCAAGUUUUGUCCCUAGACACUUCCUGAACUUUAGAGGAAGUGGAAGCUGUCUGUCUGUCUGCCAGAACUGUAGUCUAAACCGCCCAUGUCAUGUCAACACUGGUCUCCUUCAACGCCUCUACCUCUCUAACCCUGCAGUGGCCGUGGCUGUGGGAUAAGAUUCAACUGAAAAUGCUAUGAGGAUAUUGUAUCUUUUGCUUUAAAAAUGUGUUUUGUUUCCAAUAAUCUGACUUACAUCAUCACUCUUGGUGGCUUUAGUAACAUGUCUGUGGCUACUUCUCUUUUUACACAAAUGGGAUAGCGUGUUUUUCCAUGGUGAGCAAAAAACAGAAUCAAAAUUUAUUUUAAUUCAUGCACAUUAGUAUCUAAUUAGCAGCUUAAAAUAUUUUCCUAUGUUUAUGCACUGUCAAUUCUGUUUUAUACAUUUGUUUGUCCAAAUGUAUUUAUAAAAGAAAUACAUUAGCUUAUAUUUAUGGUUACUCAUUUUUCCACCUUGGAUUUGUUUUUUUAACAGCUGAAAUUUUAAAGAAUGGUAAUGUAGUCUUUAUACAUGUUCCAAGUUUCAAGAUUUUUUUGGAUUUUUUUAAUUCUUCCCUAUUCUGUUUUUAACUGACACACCUCUGGUUGACGCUCAGUGUUUAUGCUAAAUACCAAAUUUUUUCAAAGAGAUGGCUAAGUAAUGAAGUGGGGGUUAUUUAUAAUAAAUGGAAAAUAAAAAAUAAUUCUAUGAUUAAACAAA